AUGCCGCAUGGUCCAUCGGCGGCCAGGGCGCCUUCCACCGCUGCAUUUGCGACCGGCGCUCGCCAGGUGCUCGACACAAUGGCCACAAGUGUUGAUGAUGACACAUUUUUAGAAACAAUGAAUGUUGGCUCCUCCUUCGCACAAGCAUAUGUGGAUGAAAGGCAAAAUGAGUAUGUAAACCUUGCUCGCGAUGAAGUGUUGGCGAAAAAAAAGAGCAUUGGCAAACUGUAUGAAGGGCAUGAGUGCACCUAUGAGUGUGUUUGGAGGUAUGAAUGCCAUGGGAGGAUAGGUGGCUAUGGAGGCAUGGGUGGCUACGGCGGCAUCGGGGCCUAUGGAGGCAUGGGAGGUCAACCUGGUGGCUAUGGCGGCAUGGGUGGCUAUGGAGGAUUGGAGGCAUGGAUGCAUCGAUGA